GUUAAUAACUGUGUAUUUAAUGCUGCAGCAUAAAAUUUGUUCAAAUUUUACUAAAAAUCUCUAUAACAAACAAUAAAAUUAUGGCUACAGCGGAGAGUUACGAGGCUACUAAAAAGCGAAUUGUUGAGAUGGAAAAGGAGCAGUGCGAAAUUUUUUCCAACUUGAUGGUCCAAAUUCAUCGAUCGAUUUCCGAAUGUAGAAUACCCUCAGCCAAUUUUAUGUUUCGAAAACUCCAUCGUAGACUACAGGUUUUCGAAAACUUUGCCAAGAAACGCAAAGAGGCAGCAGAAGGACCACCAGUUGAACUUCCAGAAUUGGAUUUGACCGAACUGGAAGAGGAAACGAGCGCUCUGGAGGCAGAAUUGGAAAAGGAAAAAGAAGUCCUGAACAUGUUAUCCGAGGAGCAGGUUGGCAUUGUUCCUGGAAUAUGGAAGACGAUCGAACAGUUGCGUCAUGAAAUUUCCGAGAUCAAGGAAAAAGAAGCAGGCCUCAAGCGGGAGAUGCGAAUGCUACGAAUUGAUUUUGAAAAAGAAGAGAAAAAAUUAGCUGAUGAGCAUAAUCUCAUGCAAGAUGUUUUAAACAAGUUGAAGAAUACGCGUGCUGCACAACAAGCUUAUAAAUCAAAACUCAAGACUGAUUCCGAGCAUCUUGCUCAAGAGCUUGACCGAUUGAUGGAAGAGAUGGCAGUCCUCAAUGAAGCUAACAAAGAACCUGAACAACAACAACAACAACAAAUGUAAUAGAAACUACAUAAUCUAACAAGGUAAUUCAUGAAUUAUCAUAAGUAAUUCAAUCGUUCGUUUAACACUUUUCAGUGAAAUAUUUAAAUUACCUCUUAAAUUUCAACUGUCUCUUGACCUUGCACAACAAACCUUUCAGUUUGUUCUAGUUUCUCUUAUUACAUUUGAAUCCUCAAACCAGACUAAAACCUUCAUUUUAAAAUCUUAUAUUUUAUUGUUCAAUAAGCUUACGCUUCAUCCUAAACUGUGGUACCUACCUAGAACAUUAAUAUAUUUCAAACUUUAGAUUAUAAUUCUGCUCGUUGUUUUCAUGCUGACAUGUCUUACUUUUUGAUCUGUUUCCGAAUCCUGAACUUUUGUUCCCUAAUUUGUAUGUGAGAGCGCAGUUUCGUUUGCAGCA